AUGAUCCAGAGGCACCAGCUGGUGCAGUCUGUGCUGCAGGAGCUACAGGAAGCCACCGAAUGCUUUGGUCUGGAGGGCCUCACCAGUGCUGCGCUGGAGGCAGAGAGGACCUUGUCAUCCUUCUCCCUACCUGGUUAUUGUGGAAGUCAGUUUCAAGAGGAGCUGGAGGUUGACCGGGUAGCCAGGAGCCUCUAUCCUGAGGAUGCCCCAAGUAACAUGCUGCCUCUCGUUUGCAAGGGCGAGGGGAACCGCCUCUUUGAGGCUGCUAGUGUGCUGCUCUGGGGCAACCCCAGCCUCAGCCUGGAGCUGCAGGUGCGAACUGUGGUGGAGAUGCUGCUGCACAAACAAUACUACUUGAAUGGCAUGAUUGAUUCCAAAGUGAUGCUGCAGGCUGCCCGCUACUCCCUCUGCACUGAGGAGACCCCGGAGAUGACCAGCCUCCCCAUGGCUAUCCUGGAAGCCAUCUUUGAUGCUGAUAUCAAAGCUACCUGUUUUCCUGGCACCUUUGCCAACAUGUGGCACGUCUAUGCUCUUGCCUCAGUACUGCAGUGUAACAUCUACUCCAUCUACCCUAUGAGCAACUUGAAGAUCCGACCCUAUUUUAACCGGCUGAUCCGGCCCAGGAAGUGUGGCCCACGAACCUCCACGCUGCACAUCAUGUGGUCGGGGCAGCAGCUCUCCCGGCAGGUUUUCAAAGCACAGUAUUUUGUGGCUGUGGUUGGCCUGGAGGAGCUGGAACCCACAAUACCUUCACCAGAGCCUCCUGUCCAGCCCAUGAAGACCCUUGAGCUGCUGAACAGUGACCCCCAGCUGACCUACUCCAACCUGCGUGACCGCUACAGCAUUACCAAGAGCACCUUCUACCGCUGGAAGCGCCAGUCUCGGGAGCACCGGCAGAAAGCAGCUGCCAGGUUUGCAGCUAAACACUUCCUGCAGUCCUGCUUUCAGGAGGGCAAUGUCAUCCCCCUCCAGCACUUCCGACAAAUGUUUCCAGAAAUCUCCCGAUCCACGUACUAUGCCUGGAAGCAUGAGAUGCAGAGCAUGGUCAAUGGUGACACCUCUGCUCUGUCUGAGGCGCACAGCUUGCAGGAACUUCACAGGGUUGUCCCAAAAAAGGCUGAUGUGAAUGAGCCAAGAAAUCCGCAGGGGAGCUUGAAAUCCUCAAGUAAUUCUCCAGAUCCCAUUCAAGCAGGAAUCUUUAUGCAAGGAGCCAAAUCCUACCUGGAGAAAUGCAUUUCCAUGAACACUCUAGUGCCUUACAGAUGCUUCAAACGCAGCUUCCCAGGCAUCUCCAGGUCCACUUACUAUAACUGGCGAAGAAAAGCAAUCAAGGAGAACCCCAACUUCAAGCACCCCCAGUCACCCUUGGAUAACCAGAAAACUCUAGCUAUAGGAAAGCCAUUCCUGCAGCUGAAGCCAAGCAGUGUGCCUGUUAGGAAGAGACGGAACGGAGACCGGCCAGCAUCCAGGAGUCUGCUGCAGCUCCAUCCUUCUCUGUGCUGGAGAAAGCAGCUGCGAGACGUGGCCAGGAGGCAGGUCCAGCAAUGGCAGCUGCCAUUCUGCAAGUACCGCCUGCGCUAUCCAUCUCUCUCCUCCACAGCCUACUGGUUUUGGAAGGGCAGUGGCCAAACCAUUUGGCAGCGUCGCCUGCCCUGGAGCAGCUCCAGCCUGCCAUUGAACCGUGUGUCUUCCCUGGCACCUCCACGAGCAGAGCCAGGCCUCAAACCUCAGUGCCAUGUGGAAGUAGCCACCAAGCACAUAGAUAAGCCAGUGCCUGCUGUGCCGUGCAACACCAGCAUUUCAGGCUAUGCCAUGUCGGAGAGAGCCAGCAGCCGGAUGUUUGUGAUGGAUGUCAUUGCCACUGCCCAGUUCAAGGCACAGGCCAAGCUGUUCCUGCAGCAGCGCUUUGAGUCGAAGACCUUCCCAACCUACAAGGAGUUCAGUGCCCGCUUCCCGCUCACGGCCCGCUCCACCUAUUACAUGUGGAAGCGCGCCCUGCACGAUGGGCUGACCUUGGUGGAUGCCUGA